UAGAUAUCAUAGUUUAAAUGUAAUACUCCCCUGUCUCCGCAUCCUUGCUGAACACGUAAACGGUAUUUAGGGUAAAUCAAACACGCACACACAUAUAUAUAUAUAUAUAUAGUGUGAGAGAGAGAGAGAGUCCUCUAAGAUACCUGGAGUGUAUAUACAGUCGUUUAUUAUCCAUAUUCUGAUACUCCAUAGCUCGCGCAACCCUAAUUCGGCGCUUCUCCUUCUCCAGUCUCCGUCGUCUUCUCUUCUCAUUCAAAGACGUAAGCCAGAAGUUCUUCUUCUCUCUUUCGUUGUUCUUGAUUGUUGAAUUUUCACGUGCAGUUCCAAUUACUCGACAUGGAUUCUCAGAUAAAGCUUGCUGUGGUGGUGAAGGUCAUGGGUCGAACAGGGUCCCGAGGGCAGGUGACUCAGGUUAGAGUCAAGUUUUUGGAUGAUCAGAAUCGGUUCAUCAUAAGAAACGUCAAGGGACCAGUCAGAGAAGGGGACGUGCUCACUCUGCUUGAGUCUGAGAGGGAAGCUAGGAGGUUGCGGUAAAAUGGGUCCAUUAAGAAUCAGUCUUUCUCUUGUUUUUUGUAGCAGCAGCCACUGGUUGUUUGAGUCUUGGCCUAGUUUCUCGUGUCUAGAGUUGAAUUAUUAGAUGGAUUGUACUUACGGAGGUAUGCUUAAGGCUUUUUGGUAUGGAAAAUUAAUUCUUGUCUUA